UGUGAUGCCCUGUGGGCUUGGAUAGGACCUGAGGCUGCACACAUUCUGCACCAACUACGUGCCAGAACCUGGGCCCUGCAGGGAGAGAAGCAGACCAGUCCCUGCUUUUGUGGAAUUUGUAUUUUUAUUAUAUAUAUCAGCUAGCAAUAAACGCUGAGAAGUGAUGGUGGCUGCUCUAGACGGGAUGACCAAGAGAGAUCCCCUUUAAGGAGGUGAUAUUCACAAUGCCCAAGGUGUUGGGAGAUGGGGCCGCCAUUUCUACACCUCCCUCCCUCUCCUCUGCUCCCAACUCUGGGAGGACUUCCCGACAGGAAGACUUCUCAGGAGAGCUGGAGUGCUGCCGUCAUUAACGCCAGGCCAGAACACGGCGGGCUAACAGAUCGCUGGCCGGCGUGCCCACCUCUAGGUCUGCUAAUAUGUACCCAGCUCUAGGUCCGCUAAUGCGCUACGCGAUAACUGAAAGAGAGGACAAGCCAGAACGGACGGCCGAAAGAUCCCGUGGGGGCGCAUGCGCGAGAGCGACCGCGGCGCCGUGCGCAUGCGCGCAAGAGAGCGGGAAGCCGAGCUGGGAGAGAAGUCGAGGAGGGCGGUGCUCCGCCGCGGUGGCGGUUGCUGUCGCUUCGCAGAACCUACUCGGGCAGCCUGCUGAGAAGAGUUGAAGGGAAGUGCGGCUGCUGGGUCUGCAGACGCGAUGGAUAACGUGCAGCCGAAAAUAAAACAUCGCCCCUUCUGCUUCAGUGUGAAAGGCCACGUGAAGAUGCUGCGGCUGGCACUAACUGUGACAUCUAUGACCUUUUUUAUCAUCGCACAAGCCCCUGAACCAUAUAUUGUUAUCACUGGAUUUGAAGUCACCGUUAUCUUAUUUUUCAUACUUUUAUAUAUACUCAGACUUGAUCGAUUAAUGAAGUGGUUAUUUUGGCCUUUGCUUGAUAUUAUCAACUCACUGGUAACAACAGUAUUCAUGCUCAUCGUAUCUGUGUUGGCACUGAUACCAGAAACCACAACAUUGACAGUUGGUGGAGGGGUGUUUGCACUUGUGACAGCAGUAUGCUGUCUUGCCGACGGGGCCCUUAUUUACCGGAAGCUUCUAUUCAAUCCCAGCGGUCCUUACCAGAAAAAGCCUGUGCAUGAAAAAAAAGAAGUUUUGUAAUUUUAUAUUACUUUUUAGUUUGAUACUAAGUAUUAAACAUAUUUCUGUAUUCUUCCACAUA